UUUCAGCCGGAGUCAGGACAGCAUGCCCUGUCUGCUCUUCGUCCAAGCUGAUCCUGAGCAUGUGGAUGCAUGCUUGGCUGCGUGGACUGAAAUUAAGUACAGAUGGAUAGCAGUAGGACAAGCACUGGGCAAUCACCUGAUGCAGAUGGUUUCCAUACAACGAAUGGAGACGCGUUGGCCACUCAGCAAUCGAAGAGUAGACAUUCUGAGAACCUGGAUUUCCAUCUAGACUGCGUGCGCCAAGAACCUGAUAAUAUUGAUAAUAUUGACAAAGCAUCGUAUUUUGACUUGUUUGAAUGGAACUCUCCCAUUGACUCAAAAAAGAAACUCACCCUGUUUCCAAAAUGGCAUUUACCUUUAAAAGUAGCAGCCGCACUGACACUAUUUAUUUUUAUUUAUACCUUUAUCAGAGAAGUACUUCACCCUUACGUAAUGCGUAGCAGAAAUGAGUUCUAUAGGAUUCCAGUUUUGGUGGUGAACAAAGUCUUGCCAGUGGUCUCCAUAACACUUUUGAGUUUGGUUUAUUUGCCGGGUAUAUUGGCUGCAGUUCUCCAACUUUACAGAGGAACAAAGUACCAAAGGUUUCCACAGUGGUUGGACACAUGGAUGCUAAGACGAAAGCAGUUUGGGCUGUUGAGCUUUUUCUUUGGCGUAAUGCAUGCCCUCUACAGCUUGUCCUACCCAAUGAGAAGGUCUUAUCGAUACAGGCUUCUGAACUGGGCAUUUCAACAGGUCAAAGAGAACAAAGAAAAUGCCUGGAUUGAGAAUGACGUAUGGAGAAUGGAAAUCUACGUUUGUCUAGGAAUUUUAUCGCUUGCUAUCCUGGCAGUUUUGGCAGUAGUGUCAAUCCCAACCAUUGCUAGCUCUUUAUCCUGGAGAGAGUUCAUUUUCAUUCAGAGCAAGAUGGGAUACAUUGCAUUGUUCCUGUGUACUGCUCAUGCGUUUGUGUUUGCUUGGGAUAAAUGGGUGGAUGUGAAUCAGUUUAUAUGGUACACACCCCCUUCUUUCAUGCUCGCGGUUAUUCUUCCCGUCAUCACUUUGGUCUGUAAAGCAAUCCUCCUUCUGCCAUGUUUGAACAAGCGGGUACAGAAGAUCAGAUGUGGCUGGGAGUCAAAACAAGAGAUUGGAAAAAAACGUGUUAUGUAUCACUUCUAGCAGUAACACAGCAAGUGAAAAAAAUUCCAUGUUGUGUUCAUGUAGUUUUGUAAAUGAUUUAUGUGAUUGCAUUUCACACUUUUCUACAAAGCAUCUUUACGAGUUUAUCACUAAACACAAAAAUGUGGACAAUUGUCAAAGCAAUUUAAAUUUUUAUUUCAAAGUAGCUAACGGUUAAACACCUACAACAAAGUUAUUUUUCAACUCCGCUAUUUUUCUCUAUAUUUUGCAGUUUCCUCGGCAAUCCUUUACAAUUCCAAUUUUAGUGAAUAACCCGAACAGUCUGACAGAGGCAGUAGGUUUUGACGAGCUAACACUGUAGGGAUUGUUUCACUGUUCACCAAAUAGCAUUGAAUUGAAAACCGAAUUGUAACAUUUGGCCAAAAUACGGGAUAUGAUAAAAUGUUCCAAUUCGACUCUAGCCACAGCUUGGUUAUUUUUGCCUAUAUUUUGGGAUUCAGUUUUCAAUUCACUAUAAUAUUGCUUCUAAUGACUAACUGCCAAGAAUUGCAAAGAGACUGCUGAUAGAAUAAAGUCCACAUUAUGGCAUUUGGCAGGUAGAAGACAUUUCAUGUAGACAUGGUACUAGCAGACUGCCCUGCUUCACUCCUAAUGUCCUAUAUAGAGUUUGGGGUUUAUCCAAUAAAUCGCACAUUGCUGAAAAUGUGGAAAUUUGUAUUUGUAUUUAUGUUACAAUCUUAAUUAAAUUUAUUUAUUUACAUAC